AUGAAAGAUAUAAAGAUAAGGGAAGGAAAAACCAAUAAAUCAUCGCUAUACAUAUUACCUAACAAGGUCAGAAAUGAGAUUGAUGGAAACAGUUAGUUUUUUAUUAUUAUGCAAAUUAUGAAUGAUAGACAGACAGAUAGAAAGUCUUAUCAGAAACUUGUAUAUUUUGGAACACAAUGAACAGCGGGCUGAGAAUAUUACUGAUAAUCGACAAAAAAUAUAAUAAUUGGAUGUGAAAUUGUAGUUACUAGCUACAGUAGGCAUAGACGACAAUUUUCUUUUUUUUUUUCAUUGGAAAAUUAUUACGAAUAAAAAUGCACUUUCGGCCGGAUUCGAAUGAGAAAAAAAGAAAACGCGUUGACAAGAGAAGAUACCAUUAAAAAUGAUGGUGCUGGUUGGUGAUUUGUUUAUUUUUGGUAUUUGUUUAUUACACCAAAUGUGUUCACCAACCAUAUGAGUCAUUUAAUGGAUUCUGAGGUUUUUUUGUUAGAAAGUGUUGAAAUUAUCGAUUUGAAAUUGAUUUUUUAUUCUAAAAAAACGAAGAGAAAGAGAGAACACUUGAACUGAAACUGCAGCUUUUAAACAGAGACAAAACCAUUUUUGAUCUUUCAUUUUCCUAGAAGAAACGCCAAAAAGGGGAAAAACUAAGAAUUCCGCAAUUGAGUUGUUGUCGAAGAUUAGAACUAGCAUAUUCAAAGUAAACCGCUGGGUUAUCGGAGAUUUUUAUCAUCAAACCAGGGUAACUUGGAUAAUUUAGGGCAGAUUGGAGAAAUAAAAGGGAAUCUUGAAGAAAAUAGAAAGUACUUGGAACAUCUGAAAUUGCAGACGUGUCAUGUGGAAAGCCAUGGAAAGUAGAAAGAGAAGAUGAAGUAUCGAUCAAAGCAAAAAGAGAUGACGCUAGACGACAAGAGAACAGAACACGCGUUUGUUAGUAAGUGAAGAGAGACGAGAAAAGAGAAGGAAAAAGAACGACAGAUGUGGGCGGUGCUGAGGAAAAAGGGGGAGAAGAAUGAGAAUGUGGUUCAAAUAUAUAAAGAUGAGGAGGAGGAAAUAUGCACAAUUUUUGAAAAAGGAGGUCAACAUGGGCCAGCACGGCUUUAUUGUAUAUAACAGUGUAUACUUAUUAAUAUAUUUAGGUGGGACGCCUUCCCUCUCUUUGGUGUUAUUUGUUCUUAUGUGAGACAAAAAGGUGAAGAGGUAUAUGUACUCAACAAGAUAAAAACCAUAAAGAAAAAAGGAGUUUAACAAUUUUGAGUGUAAUGGUGCACUAACUUUUUUACACCAAAAAUUGUGAUUACAGCAGAAGAUGAAUGAGGAGUGAAUUAGUUAUUCAAAUAUUACUCAAAUGAGACUAUUAAUUAUAUUAAACAAGGUUAUGGAGAGUUUGACCUUCAUUUAGCAGUUUGCGUAUGGUGAAGAGAAACCAAAAUGACACUUGGUGGUGCGAAGGCCGGAAAUAACGAUUUUUGGGAAAAACUAUGCAUUUUCAGAUAGGAAUUUCAGAUGACAAAGCGGGCGCAACGAGAUUACACUAUGACACUGACUAUUCAUUAGCGUAAACUUACACUUUCGCCACCACAAAUAGCAGAGAAUUUCGUUUUAUUUUUCGCAAAAAUUGCAAAAAUUUUUGAAAAUAAAAAUAUGUUGUCCACGAGAAAUCCAAACAACUCCAAUCGCUGCGAGAUAUUUCUGCGAUUUGCCAUGCUCCUUCAACUUUUUUGUAAAUCGAUCGUAAUUUUUUGUGUUUUGUUCGCUCUUUUUUUAGUUCCCUCUUCGAAAUUUUCGCUAAAUCCGAUUAUCACAUUAUAGGUUGCCCAAUGCAGUGGUAAUCAAAUGUAAAUACAAUACGCUGGCUAUGUUGGAUUCGAGAUUUUUUGAAAAAUGGUGGUUCCGCGCGUUUUUAGCGCUUAUGAUAUUUUUUAUUUGGCAAUUGUUUUAUUCGAUAUCAAAAGUUCAAAGUCUGGAUGAAGAAAGAGCAACACUUCAAGCGACAAUUGAAGUAUUACAUAGAAAAAGUGAUGGAUUGCGAUUAGAAAUUUUGGAAAAAGAAAGAACUUUGACACGAUUGAAUUCACGCGUUUCAGAAGUCGACACUCUGUAAGUGGCUGAAAUUUUUAAAAAAUAAAAAUAAUUAAAUACUUUUUUAGAAUUAGAGAUCAUAUCAGCCUUGUUCCCAAAAAUCGCAAAUCCGAGCCAACAAUAUUUUUCAUAACACCAACAAGUUUCCGUGCAGCCCAAAAAGCUGAUCUCACUCGUUUAUCUUAUACACUUUCGCAUGUUCCAAAUCUUCAUUGGAUUGUUAUUGAAGAUUCAGAUGAAAAAAUCGGAAAAUAUUGA